AUGGCUAAGCUACUACAAUCUCCACCCAAGUUUCUGCCCUCAGAGUGGCACAUCUCUAAUAAGAAUCAGUACCACAGGGCAGAGGCCCAGAGGUCCCAAUCGGAACGCCUGGUGGCAGAAAGCCAGAGGCUUGUGGAUGAAAUUGAUAAGACCACAAGGAAAUCUCAAAGUGAUGCGAACAAGAAAAUUGAACAGAGACUCGAGGAAGUCAGGUUCUGGAAGAAGGAGUUAGAUGACAAACUUGAGCAGCUUGUGAAUGAAACUGAUGAUCUACUCAAUUAUAAGAUACGAGUGGAAAAAUCCCUGGAGAGCUUUAAAGAGCCCUUGUUCAUCACCGAGAGGUGCCUGGCUUACAGGGAGAAGCGUGUGGGCAUCGACCUGGUGAAUGACGAAGUGGACCAGGAGUUGCAGAAGGAGGCGGAGAUCAUCCGGGGUGUCAUGGCCCUGCUGACCCGUACUCUUGAGGAGAUAACAGAGCAAAUUAGGCUGAACCGUUCUGCCAAGUACAAUCUGGAAAGGGAUCUGAAGGACAAGUUUGUGGCUUUGACCAUUGAUGACAUCUGCUUCUCACUCAACAAUAACUCACCAAACAUCAGAUAUUCUGAAAACGUCCUGAGGAUCGAACCCAACUCGGUGAGUCUGGAAGACUGGUUGGACUUCUCCAACACCAACGUGGAGAAGGCUGACAAGCAGAGGAACAAUUCCCUGGCCCUGAAGGCCCUGGUGGACAGCAUCCUGUCCCAGACGACCAGCGACCUGCGCAAGCAGUGUGAGGUGGUGGACUUGGCAUUUGAGAWCGGGCUGAAGGUGAUCAAGGAUGCCAGGGACAAGCUGGCUACUCAUCUGGCCAAGGUCAUGGAAGAGAUUGCUUCCCAGGAGAAAAACAUUGCACUUCUUGAAAAAGCCAUCCUUGAUCAAGAGGGGCCUGCCAAAGUGGCACACACACGCCUGGAGAACAGGACCUACCGGCCUAACGUGGAGCUGUGUCGUGAUGUUGCUCAGUACCGACUCCUCAAGGAGGUUCAGGAGAUCAACCAUAAUGUUGCACGAUUAAAGGAAACCUUGGCCCAAGCUCAUGUGGAGCUGAAGGGGCUGCAUCGCAGACAGCUUGCCCUGCAGGAGGAAAUCCAGGUGAAAGAGAACACCAUCUACAUAGAUGAAGUGCUGUGCAUGCAGAUGAGGAAGUCCAUUCCGCCCCGGGAAGGCGAUGAACUCUCGGGCUGGUCCGGGGGCAGCUGCCCUGAGGCCGUCUGCUAA